AUGAAGACUCCGUGUGUCUCUCUGCUCCUCGGUGUGUGUGUGCUGCUGCUGUCUGCACCCACUGUUUCUGCAGUGUCUCUGUCUGUCAGUCCAAACCUUCAGCAGUUCUUCAGAGGAUCUUCUCCAGUUUAUCUGAGUUGUGUUGAUGAUGGACAGACAGCUGAUGGAUGGACAGUGAAGAGGACCAGAGGAGGACUCACUGAGGACUGUGGAGCAGCUCCAGACUUUGGGAGGCUUCUUGGUUCCUCCUGUGUUGUGGAUCUUUCUGCUCCCAGUGAAACCUUCUGGUGUGAGGACUCCUCUGGACAGCAGAGUGACAGAGUCUCCAUCAGUGUCUCAGAAGGAGGUGUGAUCCUGGAGAUUCCUGCACUUCCUGUCAUAACAGGAAGUGAUGUCACUUUGUACUGUACACCCAAAGAGGGAGAAAGACGAAAAUCUUACUUCAUCAGAGAUAAUGUUCCACUUGGAUCUGGACCUGAAGGAAAGUGGAUUCUCUCUAAAGUCAACCGGUCUGAUGAAGGUCUCUACUCGUGUUCUACUGAUAUUCAUCCACGUUCUCCUCAGAGCAGACUGAGGGUCAGAGACUUCUCCUCCCCUCGUUCUUCUGCUCCCACCAUCUCCCCUCCUCCUCCCUCUCCCUCUAUGUCAGUGCUCAGACUCGCCUUGCACCUGGUGGUCUUCUGUCCAUACGUGGCCUGUACUGCUCUGCUGCUGUCAAUCUUCUCCACCAGCUCAGGUAACACACCUUUUGUUUCCAUGGAAACGAGCCAUCCUGCUGUACAGGAUGAUGCCACUGCUGAUGUCACCACUGAACAUCACUUCUGACCUGAUGGAGCUGAUCUCUGAGCUGACAGGAAGUGAAGGAGGUGAAGCAGCUGGGAUGUUCCUGUUUCUGUCCCAGAGUCAAACCUGUGCUUUGUACAGACUCCUCAGUCUGAUCUUUGAGUCAGUCAGUGAACUUAUCAGUGAACUGUUCACCUGUUGAUUGGAUGGAUACAAACAUUAACCUUGUGCUUUUAUUGUUUAAUGCUUCAAGUGUUUACUGCUGAUCAGCAAAUCCGUUUUUUAAUAUGUGCUAUACUGUAAGGUAAAGACUUUACAGUAAUACAGAGAAAAGAUCAGAUCAGACAACUGGUAUGAUCAGGCACUUUGUGACAGUGGGAAUGAAAAGCUGAACUGAUCAGUGAUUGGAUCAAACAGUCUCUGAGUAAGAACUGACUCCUCUGAUUCUGUGUUGAUUUGUGCUUUAAUAAAACAUUUAAACAUUA